AUGUCUAAACCUCGAGCGAUCCGCUUCGCUUUCCAAGCCCUAGAGCAGUCCGAAGGCGUCGGCGCCCGCGUCCGGCGCUCGAUCGGCACACCCAAACUACGGAACCUCUCACCCUUUCUCAUGCUAGACCACUCCACCGUCUACCCGGGCGCCGGCUUUCCAGACCAUCCCCACCGCGGCCAAGAAACCAUCACCUACCUCCUCUCCGGCGCACUCGACCACGAAGACUUCGCCGGAAACAAAGGCACCAUCUGGGCCGGAGACCUGCAGUUCAUGACCGCCGGUCGAGGCAUCAUGCACGCCGAGAUGCCGCGAGAUAUGGGCGACGGUUCUCCAAAUAUCGGCAUGCAACUCUGGGUCGACCUCCCCAAGGAACUCAAAACCGUCGAACCAAGAUACCGAGAUCUGCGGGCCAAGGAAAUCCCACAGGUGGAGACCGAGGACGGAAAAGUGCACAUCAAGGUGAUAUCGGGCAAGAGCCACGGCAUCGACUCCGUCCGCGAUCUGGCCUACACGCCCGUCUGGAUCCUCGAUGUCACCAUAAAACCCGGCGGCAAGAUAACCCAAGAACUACCCAAAGACUGGAACGCCUUUGCAUACACCCUCUCGGGCGUGGUAUCCUUCAGCGACGGCCCUAACCCGGAGAACACCAAGACCAUAACACCCUACCACAACGUGGUAUUCGACAACGACGGCAAAUCCGACGUCGUGACGGCAGAAGUGGAGGAAGGCGCCUCAGAAGAAGCGAGAUUCAUUCUCUUUGCCGGUCAGCCCCUGGACCAGCAGGUCGUGCAACACGGCCCGUUUGUGCUGAACAGUCGUGAGGGGGUCAUGGAGGCCAUGAUCGAUUUUCAGAGCCAUUCGAAUGGGUUCGAGAGGGCGAAAGGCUGGAGGAGUGAGAUCGGGAGGAGUAUGAUUCACUGA